AAAAGAUUCUCUAUGAAAGUGGCAGAAAUUUUGAGUUGCUAGGGUACAAUAAAAUUCUAGUAACAGUACGUAACAUUAUGUACACAGGCAUUGUCCAUAAAAACAUAGUUGUGUUUAGUCAGUGCAAGAGUAAUUCGGAUGGACGUUCGUGAAGCAGUGAACUGCAAUGAAACUUCUCGAAUACCAGAAAAAAAAUUGUAUCUGCGGGAAGAAGACAGGAUAAGAAAUAGAUGGCGUGUGAAAUAAUUCUUGAUAAGAUAGUGGAAUCGUAUCGUUUCCCUGAUUCGCAGCCAGUUUAAAAGGCCACUCAACAUUUGAACAUGUUGAAUCAGAUGUCCGAGGAACAGAUCGUUGCUGCUCCUUCUGGGGCAGAGAGAACACCGAAGCAAGUCUUGAAACCACGAAAAUUAAUUACCAGAACAUUCGAUUUUCUUUGGAGACGUAAUUCUCGACGUGAUAGCAUUAAAAAAGAAGAGGAUGCGGUAGAUAUUAGAAUCGUUGAGUGCAAUAUUAACAAUACUGUUCCGAGGAAAACAUCGUUCAGUUUCUUCAAAAACAUCAAAGAUCAUGUGCACAUUAAGAAGCUGACAGAGUACAAGUUGAAACAAAAAGAAAAUGAAAUUCAAGUAUCCGGCUCGUUGACAGAAGACAAAACAAGUUCAGAUUUGUUGACACUUCGAAAUGACACAUCUCGAUUACAUACAGAGGAGAGUAACAUAUCUGAAGUUCAAUCAGAAAGUAUGAUUGAACCUUGCGAUGAUCAGGACAGUGAUGAGACACCAAUCACCGAUGAUUCAUCUUACCAAAAUGAAGAGAUUUUAGAAAGUUUAGAUGAAACCUUAGAAAAUUAUUUUGACGUAAACAGGAAACUAGAUUUGCUUAAUUUGGAAGACAUCGAAGAGCUUCAAACAGACAAUAAAUAUGAAAAUGUUCCUAGUCAUUUUCAAUCUUGUUCCGAUAAUCAGGAACUAUUAGAAUACCACCUUCCAAUAGAAAAUGAAAUUGUGGAUCAUCCGAACGAAGAUAUUUUAGAUACUCGGAAUACUAAUGAAACAUUAAAUAACGACAAUAAAGCGAAAGCAAGUCUCACAGAAGAAUUACUUAGAUUAAGUAACUAUGGAUGGUACUGGGGGCCUAUAUCAGGCAAUGAAGCAGACGCCAAGCUAAUAUCUGAACCGGACGGUGCAUUUUUAGUCAGAGACUCGUCAGAUGUCAGAUACGUCUUGACACUUAGUUUUAAAUCAUCCGGUAAGUUACUUCACGCUCGUAUGGAACACAGUGGUGGUUUAUUUUCUCUCUGCAACCAAAGUGGAAGUGAAGAAUUCAGCUCCGUAGCUGAUUUAAUUGCAUAUUCUAUGAACUUUAGCCAGUCAGCACCGUUCUGUUAUGCUCGACCCAGGUGUCCUGGCCAUCCAACAUUUCCAGUUAGAUUAACAAAACCAAUAAGUAGAUUUACACAAGUUCGAAGUUUACAAUACCUUUGUCGUUUUGUUAUUCGCCAGAAUACUAGAUUGGAUAAUAUUCACAAACUACCUUUACCAAAAACUAUCAAAGGCUACAUAGAAGAAGCUCAUUAUUAAUAUGGAGAACGAGAAAUUAGACGUUAUCUUCUAUAAUCACACAGUGCAAAGUUUACUGUAAGAUCCCUGGUAUAAAUACGAACGUGAUUGGAUAGUUCUUUCAGAAAAGUAUCAUUCUUAAAAGUAAUGAAAGAUAUGAUAAGAGCAUUUUUUUUAAACAACUGAAAUGUUCAUUGUUAGAUCUAAGAGAUAUUUUCAUUUUUAUAAAAAUUGAUAUAAUUAUAUCAAAGUUAUCGAUAUUAGUAAUGAGGCUCCUAUAAAUGAUAUAACAAUAGUUAAUUUUGUAAUGGUAUAUACGAAUCAUUUCAUUGUAAAAUAUGUUAUAUCUUGGAAUGUAAUCUUAACUCGUUAGGCACUGGCUGUGUAAACAUAUAUUUUAUUGUAAAC